AUGGCAUCGUCAUCAUUGCCCAAUUCUGCAAGAAAUCUGCCCGAUGGAGAGGCCUAUGAAGAGAAAAAUGUACAUGAAGUGUAUCAACAGAUAGCAGAACACUUCUCCUCGACCCGUUACAAGCCAUGGCCGAUUGUGGAACGCUUCCUCAAAGGGUUGGCACCAGGGUCCAUUGGUCUUGAUGUGGGGUGCGGCAAUGGCAAGUACUUGUCUGUAAAUAAGGACGUCUUUAUAGUCGCCUCGGAUCGCUCCGAGAAUCUCGCCCGGAUCGCCGUCAAACACCAGCCCCAUUCAGCUAUCGUGGCGGACAUCCUGAAUCUGCCACAUCCAGAUUCAUUAUUCGAUUUCGCCAUCUCAAUUGCUGUUGUACACCAUCUGUCCACACCUGAAAGAAGAAUUCAGGCUAUCCACGAAAUACUCCGCACUUUGAAACCUGCCUCUAUUAAAUCUUCCGGAGGCAGAGUCCUGCUGUAUGUCUGGGCUUUGGAACAAAAGACCAGCCGCAGGGGUUGGGACAAAGGCGACAAACAGGACGUAAUGGUUCCCUGGGUCUUGAAGUCCAAGCCUGCCAAUGGUAGCCCUGACGAUGAGCCGAAGACUUUCCACCGAUAUUAUCACCUCUAUGAGGCAACAGAACUGGAACGCGACAUUGAGAGAGCAGGCGGUCGUGUUCUGGAUUCAGGCUAUGAAAAAGACAACUGGUGGGCGAUUGCGACACGAUCAGAUGAGUAG